GAAGCUAAAGCAUUGUUUUAAUUUAUCCUAUUUGUGCGUUGUCUGGCUGCAACGAGCCUUUUCAACUCAGACAAAACCUCAACCACUUGAUACAUCCUGCUGGAAAUUUGCCGCGGCCUCCUUUUUUUCUGAAAAUGAUGGGCGUCUUGUCCAAUCAGCGCUCGCUUUGAAGCUUGUUCCCUCCUGUUUUUGGCUCCUGGAGCUGCCCGGACUAAUCAGCGUUCGCCUCCGCGUGUUCAGCCAUUUUGUAAGAAAAUCAAGCAAGUCUGCCGCCCUACCUUCGCUUCAGACCUGCAGUUUUUUUCUUGUGCAAUGGACGGCCGCCUAGACGCCACUGAGUUGUACCCUCUGGGAUCCGGCUACGUCCCUGAAAUUGACAGUGUCCAUGACAUAUCAGUUGGCACAAAGAGGGGAUCCGACGAACUCUUUUCUUCCUGCAUAUCCAACGGACCCUAUAUCAUGAACUCAGCCAAUGGCAACGACAGCAAAAAAUUCAAAGGUGAUGUCCGCAGCCCUGGUGUCCCGUCACGUGUUGUCCACGUACGCAAGCUGCCCAACGACAUCAAUGAAGCUGAAGUAAUAAGCCUGGGACUGCCCUUUGGGAAGGUCACUAAUCUGCUGAUGUUGAAAGGGAAAAAUCAGGCCUUUCUGGAGCUUAACAGUGAAGAGUGUGCACAGACGAUGGUGAGCUACUACUCCUCUGUCACCCCUGUCAUCAGAAACCACCCCAUUUACAUGCAGUACUCGACUCAUAAGGAGCUCAAGACGGACAACUCUCCAAACCAAGUGCGUGCCCAGGCAGCUCUGCAGGCAGUUAAUGCCCUGCAUGGAGGUGGAAUGGCUAGUAUGGCCAUUCCCACAGAUGUAAGCAGUAUGGCAGGAGCAGCAGCCCAAAGCCCUGUGCUCAGAGUCAUUGUGGAAAACCUUUUCUACCCUGUCACCCUGGAUGUCCUGCAUCAGAUUUUUUCAAAGUUCGGAACUGUGCUGAAGAUCAUCACUUUCACCAAGAACAACCAGUUCCAGGCUCUAAUCCAGUAUGCUGAUGCCAUGACAGCUCAGCAUUCUAAACUGUCUCUAGAUGGCCAAAACAUCUACAAUGCUUGCUGUACCCUGAGAAUCAGCUUCUCCAAGCUCACCAGCCUCAACGUCAAAUACAACAAUGACAAGAGCAGGGACUACACCCGCCCUGACCUUCCUACAGCAGAUUCACAGCAAUCACUUGACCACCAAGCCAUGGCAGCCGCAGCAUUUUCUGCACCAGGUAUAAUCUCAGCUUCUCCCUUUGGUGGAGCGCAUGCCUUCCCCCCAACGUUUGCUAUCCAGCAGGCUGGUCAGUAUGAGUUUUCAGGUCUAACAGUUCCUGGCAUUCACAGUGCCUUGGCGUCCCUGGGUGUGGGCCACAGCGGCAUGGCAGCAGCGGCCGCAGCUAGCCGGCUUGGCUUGUCAGGUCUCGCUGCCACUGGAGGACACAACGUGUUGCUGGUCAGCAAUCUGAACCCCGAGAGCGUUACGCCACACUGCCUCUUUAUUCUUUUCGGUGUGUAUGGCGAUGUCAUGAGAGUGAAGAUCUUGUUUAAUAAAAAGGAGAACGCUUUAGUCCAGAUGUCUGAUGGCACACAGGCUCAGCUAGCCAUGAGCCACCUGAAUGGCCAGCGUCUUCAUGGCAGGGCCAUGCGCGUGACAUUGUCGAAGCAUACAACAGUCCAGCUUCCCAGAGAAGGCCACGAGGACCAGGGUCUCACCAAGGAUUACAGCAACUCCCCGCUUCAUCGCUUCAAGAAGCCUGGCUCCAAAAAUUACUCCAACAUCUUCCCACCAUCUGCAACCCUCCACCUCUCCAACAUACCGCCUUCUGUGAUGGAGGAUGAUCUCAAAAGACUCUUUGCUAGCUCAGGAGCCACAGUGAAGGCCUUCAAGUUCUUUCAGAAGGACAGAAAGAUGGCCCUGAUCCAGAUGGGCUCAGUCGAGGAGGCGAUCGAGUCCCUCAUUGAGUUCCACAACCAUGAUCUGGGGGAGAACCAUCACCUUCGAGUGUCCUUCUCAAAGUCCACCAUCUGAGUGCCUUUCCUUGCGUCCUGCCAUCUGAACGCUACUGUUGAGGUUGCUUUCAGUGGAAACAGGCCUUCGUAACAUAUUUAUACUGUUCAUAAUUUUUCCAUGACAAUGUUUCCCAUUUAUUAAUUUGCUUUUGGAUUCACCUUAGAUUUCAGAUUUGAUCCACAGCAUUUUGAUUCUUGUCCUAAAUACGGCAACACAUCCAACAUUUAGGUUUUGUUGAUGCUGUCGUAGUUGUUGUCAAAGAAAGGAUAUUCUAAAAUAUAAAGGUGGAUAUUGAUUUUCCCUCUUGCCAUGCAUAAAUUGACAGUUUUAAUCGGCCUGGUUGGUUUACAUUCUUAUUUGCUACAAUUAUGAGUAAAAAAUCUUAAUAUUUCGGCUAAAUUGUUCAAAUUUGACUUUGUACUCUACAUUCAGCAAUAAAACCCAAUAAUCACUUUUGUUUUGACAAAGGGGCAACAUUCUGUAACCAAAACCUGUUGUAUUGGAGGUAAAGUAGAGGCAGCUGAGUAACUUACAUUGUGACCAUAAAGACACCCUCUAUAAGACGUAUCUAGAUGAAUUGUACCCGUGCCCGACCCACUUGAGCAUUCCUUUCACCCUUUUGGUUAUGAGAAAAUGUGUGCCGUUUUGAAAAAGCCACUUUAAUCCUGCUUGGCCAGUGAGAAACGGUUAAUGAUGAAGAAUGACUCAUCCCCGUCUUAUUUUUAUGUUGCGUCUACCCUCCCAUUUCCUUCUGGGGAUCCAGACCACUAUCGGAAGUCAUUCUUUAUGGACCCUUUUUUUCUUUUUAAUAUUUGUAUUAUUGUGCCUUACUUUGCCCCAUCCAGAAUGCUCUGGUUUCAUUCUGGUUUGUUUUUCCAUACCUUCUCGGUAUUUACCAGCAUUGUUAAAAAGGGGAAAGUGGCUCAUUUAAUCAUCUUACAAAUACAAUUGUUUAUCUUGUGUAUGCAUAUAGCCCUCAUUAUAUGUAUCUAGAAUCUAUGAAUGUAACUCAGUUAGAUGCUAAAUCGUUUUUUUAGGUGAUGUAGCUGUUUAGAUGUUGCUGAUGUAGAGCUGGAGUCAGCCUUUCAGUCUUACUGUCACUUCCAUUUAGUGGGUUUUGGGGCCUCAUUUAACCAGGUUAAGUUCAUAUAUGUGUGUAAAGCUAUAUAUUCAUUUAUCUUUUCUUUUUAAAUGUAGAUUUACAUGUAUCUUAUCUAACUGACUUGUGCUUAUAGUAGCUGAGUUUGAUGGCUAGUGGAGUGCCUUGUCCCUUUGAGUUUUAAUUCCAGCGCUGAAACAAGCCUGGUCAGUGGACUUUGUUUACCUCUCUUUCAGAUCUUGUAUCGUACCUGUCUGCAAAGAUGCCUUUUCAAAUAAUAUUCAGGUAAUCCCAACUGAGAGAGCAGCUUGAAGGCAUUCGCAAGUUUCUCAAUGACACUCUUAAGCUGCAUGUAAAAGGAAAAGAAAACAAAAAAACCCAACAAAUGUUGUUUUUUUUUGUUGUUGUUUUUUCGUAAACUCAUCAAAGGUUGGAGAAGCCCUGCCUCAUUCCCUGUCUGUGUCCACCUAAGCCACAGCCAGUAUGUGCACUUUUCCUUAAAGCUAAGUCCAAACGGACACCAUCACGCUGAAGUCUUAAACAAUCUCACAUUCCUGCGUGCCUCAAGCACCGGUUUCUACCAACCUGACCAAUGUAGUUUUGGAUCAGUAAUGGAUUAAGUUCUGUUUAUGUAAAAGAUUCUUAUGCAUAACUAAACAAAGCUUCAUGUAGCUGCAGACGGUUUUUGCUGUCAAGGACCAAAGUGUGCUUUACCCCUGCUAUUUUGUAGAGUCUGAACGUUUGUUGUUUUUUUUUUUUAACACAUUCCUGCUGUUCUGCAAAACCACCAGGAUUUCAUUCAGAUGUCUUUAAGGUGACGGCUUAUACUGUAUGUUUUCACUUUACGAAGAGCCUACUGUGGCAGAGAUCGCUUUAGAAUGCUUCAUUGAACACAGUCUUUGCUGUGAUGUUAACAGUAUAGAAGAAUUUAUGCCUUUUACUUUGGUUUUGUCAAAUGCUUUUAUUUUUCUUUUUAUAAGGGGGCGGGGUUGGGGUUAAAUGCAUGAAGUGGGUUUCAUGAUUGUAUAUAUUCAUGUUUUUGUACCACAAAAUGAUUUGGAUUAUAUUCACUUUAAGUUCAAAACAUGUAUAUUUUGAUAAACAGUGAAGACAUAUUAAGCUCUUCUGAGCUGGAAAACGUCAAAAAAAAAAAAAGAAAACAACCUUUUGUAACACAAAGAUAUUAAACUAUCUGAACACAAAUGUGUCUCUGUAUGUGCCCCACCCGCCCCCACCUUUUGCCAUUCUUGUUUCUUGCAUCUUCUGCUGCCUUUAAUAAAUCUUUAGUUUGUUCCUUCUUUCA